GCAAAGAUGGCUCAGUAGCUUCUGAGCCCCCAGCCCUGGUUGAGAUGUCCUUUCCCACAUUGUACUCCUCAUUUUUCUGGCAGACAUCUAAGGCUGGAUCAAAGUCUGUAGUUCUGAUGACCUGUUCCCACUUGCCGGCCUCCUUUUCUGUUGUGCCAAAGUCAAGUUUGGUAAAAUGAGGCUUUUCUUAACCUUUUAUCAUUCCCACUAUGUUGGGGACACCAGGCUGUGCCCAUGUGGUGAGCAGCAUCGUUCAACCUUGUCACUGUGCCCUCUGCACUUCUGCAGAAGGUGUGCAAUUACAUAUCAUAAGUGAAAUUUACAGAUUAUAUCUGGAUGCCUAGGCCUGCUUUGUCAGUUUCGCAAAAGUUCCUCUUUUGGCUCAUAGUGAGAGCAUUACCUUGAAAGCAAGAUUUUGAAAGACUAGUAUACCUUUAUUUUGCUUCUCCAUGAAAGACAAGCCACUCAGGUAUUUAAGAGAAUCAGAUCAUUGUCCUGUUAUAGUCACAAUGAUGAGAGUGAAUUAAUUUUUAGUUAGCAUCUACAGGUGCAAAACUGAAACAGACAGAGUUCCCACCAUCAUAUUGUGAGCUCCCUCGAAGGCUAUGUGUACCCUAUCUUCCCAUUCCCAUUGCUCUCCCACAGAGGGAGGACUGGGUUACUAAUGACAGAUCAGCAUCAGUCUGUCAGCCUCAGUCUUAGCAUUUAGCACCUGGCUAGUGCAAAAAGCUCAGGAAACAGCCCAGCCAGGAGACAGGCCCUCAGGAGAGAGAACUGCCCAGGGCUGUGGCAGGCGCGAGGGCAGUGGCAUCUGCCACCAAAUGAGGAAUCCAUUAUUGGAACUGCAACUUGAGAGGUAGUGAGCUUGGAGGUUUUUGUUUGUUUGUUUGAGAAUUGCACACAAUUAUGACAGUCAUUUUUUCAAAAGUCCUCUGUAAGAGCCUACGCUCAUUCAUGGUAAGUUGACGCCCGGCUCUCAGUGACGCCCUUUGGAGAGAGAGAGUCUGGGGCCUGAGAUGCUCUUGACGGUACUUUCCUCCAAGUGAUGGUCUGCGGGGCAGGAGCGGACCUCUUGGAGAGUAGCCACACCGUGCCCACAUUGCUGGAAACCCAGUUGAGGAGUAUUGUCCCAAGGGCACAGUGUCAGGGUCCCUACCCCCUGAGGCUUGGCUGACCCUGGAGCCCUAGUUUUGCUGUUUUCUGUAGUGUUAGGAUCACUUCCUCCAUAGCUUAGUGCUACUCUGAGCUCACUUAGUUUCAUCUGGUCAUGCCUGGUUGAAUAUCUUUGUUACACAUUUCUCAAGCUUUCUCUUCUGCCAAGAAUGACUGAAGUAUUCUUCCAGAUAGAAAGGUUUUAGUCCUCAGCAGAAUAACCUCAGAAAAGCAGGGCCAGAGCAGGAAGUGAGCGUUUGACAUGCUGUUGUGUGUGACAAACGGUCAUGAAUUUGUGUCCUCCAGGAGCACAGCGGGCCGAGGCCUUCGUGAGGGCCUUCCUGAAGCGCAGCACACCCGGCAUGAGCCCGCAGGCCCGCGAGGACCAGCUGCAGCGCAAGGCCGUGGUCCUGGAGUACUUCACCCGCCCCAAGCGCAAGGAGAAGAAGAAGAAAGCCAAAGGCCUCUCUGCCAGGCAAAGGAGGGAGCUGCGGCUCUUUUAUAUUAAACCAGAGCAGCAGAGAUACAGUCUUUUCCUCCCUCUCCAUGAACUCUGGAAACAGUACAUCAGGGACCUGUGCAAUGGGCUAAAGCCAGACACGCAGCCACAGAUGAUUCAGGCCAAGCUGUUAAAGGCAGAUCUUCACGGGGCUAUUAUUUCAGUGACAAAAUCCAAGUGCCCCUCUUAUGUGGGUGUUACAGGAAUCCUUCUACAGGAAACAAAGCACAUUUUCAAAAUUAUCACCAAAGAAGACCGCCUGAAAGUUAUCCCCAAGCUAAACUGCGUGUUCACUGUGGAAAUCGAUGGCUUUAUUUCCUACAUUUACGGGAGCAAAUUCCAGCUUCGGUCAAGUGAACGGUCUGCGAAGAAGUUCAAAGCGAAGGGAACGAUUGACCUGUGAAUUCUUUGCCACCUAACGCAGUUGUUUAUGACAGCUGAAAACUGGACACUCCUAAAUGCCAACCUUUCAGUGAAGAGAUGGUUAAGCCAAUUCGGUUUAUAGACCACCUCCAGCCAGUGACGUUCUGAGUUGAGGAUGCUCAACAACAUGGGAAGGUCGCGGUGUACCGAGUGACGAAGUCAGGGGACAGAGGAAUUUCUCUUUCUAGGAGAUCUUCAUUUUGUGUGACUCCCAUGGAGAGGAACAGACUGGCAGGAAGCACACCGGGGUUAACGCUGGUUGACUUGACUAGUAUCACUCGAUUUUAAAAAAUACUUUUCCAUGUUUUCUGAGUGCUCUAUGGUGAAUCAGCUGCCUCUGUGAUAAUACAGUACACAUGUGGACAUAACCAGGGAUCAAAUAAAGGAGGUAUUGCUGCAGUCCAGCCAGGUUGAAAGGGAAGGGGGGCCCCAAAGGUCCAUUGGAUGGCAGGUGUCUACAGAGGUGCGCCUUUGGGUGGAACUCUUUGGCCUACCUAAGGUUUACUUUGCUAUUUCAGGAAGGUUGAAGAGGAUUGAAGGGUGAGUUGCUAAGUGACUUAGGGCUUAUUCACUUCAGGAAUUGCAGCUGGGGUGGACCCCAGGAGCAGAGCACUGUGUGCUGCUGUGCCCAUACACAGUCGCCCCAGUGUAGUGAGAUGGGACCUGCCACAGCGUGCCCGCUCCUGAGCUGCCAGGCUGAGCCGUGGAGGACUGAAAGGAGGUCGCCUGGCAUCACCUCCCAAGGUCAGACCUGCAAAAGCCACGCCAGCAGCAUUGACGCCCUUUGAUCUCUUCGCCAUUUUUGCUGCUGAAAGACUUGGCUUUUCAGUCUGAUUCUGGCCCUCUGAUGGUGUGUCUGUAAAGCCAGUGGGUCAGGCAGGCCCUUCCAUGCAGGGCCAGAGGAAGAGCGGGCCCAGGGCUGCAGUGAGAGUGGGCCAGGGGACCAGCCUACCAGAUGGGUUAGAAACAUGGCUCAGAAGGACCAACUACUCCUUCCCUUUGAGGAGCAAGUAUCUGCCGAUCAACAAGGCAAGGCCAGGAGCCCUCCUGGCGAAAGGCAGGCCACAAAUCUUUUCUCCCCCAGGAGAAGCAGCAGUGCUGGGGCUUUGCGUUCCUGGUGCCUUCCAUCCAGACCACACCAGAGAGAAACACCGCGGCGGAGAAGGGAAGUGGGAACACUGUCUGCUGUGUGCCAGGAGAGCAGAAAGGCCCAGGCCUCUGCCGCUGCCCCUCCCCAAGGCUCACAAUGCACGCAGAGUCUCACAGGGACCAACCCGGUGCCUCGGUCCUGCUUCCAUUGGUGCAGGUGUCCGCUGCUCACCAGGGUGUUCUGAGGUGGCUCAAGUGCUCUCCCCCAAGCAGCACGCAGUCACCGCUGCCAGUGAUGCACACACGCACGGGCUAGG